AUGACCGUUCAAACACUCGCCAUCGCCGUCGUCACGGUGGUAUACUUCAUCAUCCGCUACUUGAACCGUACGGAUGUCCCCAAGAUCAAGGGUCUGCCGGAGAUCCCUGGUAUCCCCCUCUUUGGCAACUUGUUGCAAUUAGGCGACCAGCACGCUCAAGUCACGGCCAAAUGGGCCAAGAAGUAUGGCCCUGUCUUCCAGGUGCGCAUGGGUAACAAGCGCAUCGUGUUUGCCAACAGCUUUGACUCGGUGCGACAGCUAUGGAUCAAGGACCAGUCUGCCCUCAUCUCCCGCCCGACUUUCCACACUUUCCACAGCGUUGUCUCUAGUUCGCAAGGUUUCACGAUCGGUACUUCCCCUUGGGAUGAGUCCUGCAAGCGUCGCCGUAAGGCGGCGGCGACUGCUCUGAACCGCCCGGCGACUCAGUCAUACAUGCCCAUUAUCGAUCUGGAAAGCAACUCUAGUAUUAAGGAGCUGUACCGCGACAGCAAGAACGGCACUGUGGACAUCAACCCUACCGCAUACUUCCAGCGAUUUGCUCUCAACACCAGUCUUACUCUCAACUAUGGUUUCCGUAUCGAGGGUAAUGUGGAUGACCAGCUUCUGAAGGAAAUUGUCGAUGUCGAGCGUGGCGUAUCCAACUUCCGCAGUACUUCGAACAACUGGCAGGACUACAUCCCGUUGCUGCGCAUCUUCCCCAAGAUGAACAACGAGGCCGAGGAAUUCCGAGCCCGACGCGACAAGUAUCUGACUUACCUUUUGGACAUGUUGAAGGACCGUAUCGCCAAGGGCACCGACAAGCCUUGCAUUACGGGUAACAUUAUCAAGGAUUCCGAAGCUAGGCUGAACGAUGCUGAGGUAAAGUCUAUCUGUCUGACUAUGGUCUCUGCUGGUCUCGAUACCGUCCCUGGUAACUUGAUCAUGGGUAUUGCUUACCUGGCCUCCGAGGAUGGCCAGCGAAUCCAAAAGAAGGCCCACGAUGAGAUCAUGCAAGUGUAUCCCAAUGGCGAUGCUUGGGAGAAAUGCUUGGUCGAGGAGAAGGUUCCCUAUGUCACUGCUUUGGUCAAGGAAACUCUGCGAUUCUGGACUGUCAUUCCUAUUUGCUUGCCCCGUGAAAGCACCAAGGAUAUUGUGUGGAAUGGAACCACGAUUCCCGCCGGUACUACCUUCUUCAUGAAUGCCUGGGCCGCGGACUACGAUGCUGAGCACUUUGCCGAGCCCGAAAAGUUCAUCCCCGAGCGCUACUUGGAGCUCGGCGAGGCAUCUGGUACUCCCCACUAUGGAUACGGUGCUGGCUCUCGUAUGUGCGCUGGCUCGCACCUGGCCAACCGAGAACUUUACACGGCGUUCUUGCGUCUCAUCACUGCAUUCAAGAUGCACCCCGCCAAGGUUGCUGGAGAUCGCCCUAUCCUGAAUGCGAUUGACUGCAAUGCUAUUCCCACGGCCCUGACUACAGAGCCUAAGCCUUUCAAGGUUGGAUUUACGGCUCGGGAUCCCAAGAAGUUGGAGCAGUGGAUCGCCGAGAGUGACGAGCGGACGAAGGAUCUGUGA